GCAGAGUUCUGCCGCAUCGACCAGGCGCUGUGCCAGGACGAGGACGAGCAGCUGAGCUUCGAGGCCGUGCGCAGCAUCCACAAGCAGAUGGACGACGACGCCAACGGCAACGUGGACGUGGAGGAGAGCGACGAGUUCUUGAGGGAAGACUUGAAUUACCAUGACCCAGCAGUCAAGCACAGCACUUUCCAUGGAGAAGACAAGCUCAUCAGUGUGGAGGAUCUCUGGAAGGCCUGGAAAACAUCUGAAGUGUACAACUGGACUGUGGAUGAGGUGGUGCAGUGGCUCAUCUCCUACGUGGAGCUGCCCCAGUACGAGGAGACCUUCCGGAAACUGCAGCUGAGCGGCCACGCCAUGCCCAGGCUGGCAGUGAACAAUGCCACCCUGAUGGGCUCGGUGCUGAAGAUGACCGACCGCAGCCACCGGCAGAAGCUGCAGCUCAAGGCCCUGGACACGGUGCUCUUCGGGCCCCCCCUCUUGACUCGCCACAACCACCUGAAGGACUUCAUGCUGGUGGUGUCCAUCGUCAUCGGCGUGGGCGGCUGCUGGUUCGCCUACAUCCAGAACCGCUACUCCAAGGAGCACAUGAAGAAGAUGAUGAAGGACCUGGAGGGGCUGCACAGGGCUGAGCAGUCCCUGCACGACCUGCAGGAGAGGCUGCAGAAGGCUCAGGAGGAGCACCGCUCGGUGGAGGUGGAGAAGGUGCACCUGGAGAAGAAGCUGCAGGACGAGAUCAGCAUGGCCAAGCAGGAGGCGCACCGGCUGCGCGAGCUGCGCGAGGGCACCGAGAACGAGCUCAGCCGCCAGAAGUACGCGGAGCAGGAGCUGGAGCAGGUGCGCAUGGCGCUGAAGAACGCCGAGAAGGAGCUGGAGUCCCACAGCAGCUGGGCGGCGCCCGAGGCGCUGCAGAAGUGGCUGCAGCUGACACACGAGGUGGAGGUGCAGUACUACAACAUCAAGAAACAGAACGCAGAGAAGCAGCUGCUGGUGGCCAAGGAGGGGGCUGAAAAGAUCAAAAAGAAGCGAAACACCCUUUUUGGGACCUUCCAUGUUGCUCACAGCUCCUCUCUGGAUGAUGUUGAUCACAAAAUCCUAACUGCCAAGCAGGCGCUGAGCGAGGUGACGGCGGCGCUGCGGGAGCGCCUGCACCGCUGGCAGCAGAUCGAGCUGCUCUGCGGCUUCCAGAUCGUCAACAACCCCGGCAUCCCCUCGCUGGCCUCCGCCCUCAACAUCGACCCGGGCUGGAUGGGCCCCGCCCGCCACAACCCCUCCCACCUCAUCAUCACCGACGACGUGGAUGACCUGGACGAGGAGCUGGUGUCACCCCUGUCCAUGCAAUCCCCGGCCUUGCCCAGCAGCGUCCGGCAGCGCCUGGUGGAGCCGCCCGGGCCCGGCGCGCAGAGGUUGGUAGAGGGCGCGGUGCCCGAGGCUGGCAGCGGCCCUGGCACUGGCUCUGGCACCGGCCCUGGCACCGGCACCGGCCCUGGCCCCGGCCCUGGCCCCGGGCUGGCACGGCCCGGCCGCGCGGCGCCGCGCCGAGCGCCCAGCCUGGGCUGCGCACACGGACCUGGCGAGCCGGGCGCCAGCGCCUGCUCCUCCUGCUCCUGCUCCUCCGGCUGCGCUCCUGCUUGCCACCUCCACCCCAUCUAUUACCAUCACACCACCUCUUAUUUCCUCCAGAUGGACUCCAUCCCCGACCUGCCCCCUCCUGAUGUCACCUCUGGAGCUGGCUGUCGCCCUGGCGGCUUUGGAGAUUUAACUCGCUCCGACUCCGACUCGUGCAUCCCGCCGCCGAGCGCGGCGCCCCGGCUGCUGCUGGCGGCGCGGCCCGCGCUGCUGAGCCGCUCCCUGGAGGAGGCUGCGCCCACCCCCAACGGCGGGGGCCGGCCCGGGGAGCCCCCCGGCCCGCCGGAGCACCGCCUGCCCGAGAGCCCCGCGGCGAUGAAGCGGGUGCCGGUGGCGAACCACGGCAUGGAGAAGUGCUGCAGCCUGGGGGAGAUCAGCCACCCCCCGGCGGCGGCCGGCAGGGCCAGCAGCCACUCGGAUUCGUCGCGGUCGCACAGCCCCAGCUCCACCGAGCCCGACACCCCCUCCCCCAUCUCUGACUGCCGGCCCGGCGCCAGGAACACCCGCAUCCCGCAGCUGGCCAACAAGAAGAGCCCGGGCGACGAGGACAGCAGCCUGACGGGCGACGAGGUUGACCCGGGCCAGAGCAAGAAAAAGUUCCCCCUAAAGAUCUUCAAGAAGCCCAAGAAGUAAUGGGGGGGAGCGGGGGGGACACCCCCGGACGCGUCCCCGCCGGGCCCGGGGCCGCACCCCGAGUCCCCCCGGGCGCCGGCAGGGCAGGAGCUAUUUAAACUUAUUUAUUUCCUCAUCUCCGAGACGGAAAAAGCGGCGAGGCCGCCG